AUGAUGGUGAACGGCGAUCACCGAAUCGGAAUCUUCGCAAAACGCGCCAUUGCUCCAGGCGAAGAGCUUUUCUUUGACUAUCGAUACGGUCCCACAGAACAGCUUAAAUAUGUGGGCAUUGAACGCGACACCGACGCACCUGGAAAGUCGUUACCCAUUCCUCUGGAAUUGCAAAGUUUCAUUGCGCAGUCAACGGACAUGAUAAAGACAGGAACAUCCAGCGUCUGA